AUCCGUUGUACCACAGCCCGUUCACCAUUUUCCGUCAUACCGAAAAACACAAUGAUAGUGUCCAUCAGGUCCAUUCAUCAAAAGCAGUAUUAAACAAUGAAAUGUCGUUGAACUAUCGGCUGUCGAGCCAGGAGCCGGUGCAAAGCCAGCGCUCUAUGUCGCACAGGACUAAUCGCGUUAAUGUCGAUAUGGCUAUAGCAGGACCAUCUAAUCAGCCGUCAGGAUCAGGAGUGAAUUCCAACGUGCCGCCGCGAGACUCUGGAUCGCUGGGAGAUGGCAAUCAUUCCAGUGUAUCUUCUGAAGGUUUCUGCGAGAACGAAGAAGAGAUACUGCAGCAGAGUGGCGGCGAGACCGACUCGCACGCGUCCAGUUCGCCACCCGUGUCGUCGGACGACGCGCGUCGCCGCGUCUCCAACGACGACUCGGUGUCGGACGACGACUGCCAGAUGUACUACUACGAUGCGGCCGCCGCACGCCGCGUCGCCAGCGAGGGCGCCGGAUCCAACGCACAUUUGCAUGCC